AUGGCGCCCUCCCUCAAAGUAACGUACUUCAACUUCGCGGGACGGGCGGAACCCAUCCGCCUGGCCCUAACGAUCGGCGGCAUCGACUUCGAGGACCAACGCCUGUCCUUCCCCGAGUUCGGCGCAAUGAAGCCCUCCCUGCCCUUCGGCCAGCUGCCGGUGAUGGAGAUCGACGGCGAGCAGAUCGCCCAGGGGCCCGCGCUGCUGCGCUACGCCGGAAAAUUGGCCGGGAUGGAGCCCCAGGAUCCGCUGGCCGCGUUGCGAGUGGAUGAAAUGGUGUUGGCAAUGCACGACGUCGUCGCGCUCUUCACGCCGAGCAUCUUGGAGCCCGACAUGGAGAAAAAGCUGGAGAUGAGGAUAGCCUUGGUCGAGGAGACGCUGCCCAAGUGGUUCGGCAUGAUCGAGAGGCGCAUCGCAGGCGGCGGGAAGGAGUAUUGUGCUGGGGAUUCGCUGAGCGUGGCGGACCUGUCCCUGUACAAUUUCGUGAAGUGGAUGAGGACGGGGACGCUGGACGGCGUGCCCGCGACGAUAAUGGACGCCUACCCGGCGACGUGCGCCGUCGCGGACAGGGUGGCCGAGCACCCGAAGGUGAAGGAGUGGAACGAGACGCACUGA